CUCCGGAGCCUCCGCACCCGAGCGGCGCACCGGGGCACGGAGAAGGGGUAGGCAGAGUGGCCUUCGAAGGGAACCAGCUUGCGAAGCGCGUGGGAGGAAAGCGCGGACGCGUGGAGGGGAGGGGUGGAGUCGCCCCGGCCCGAAGCCUGAAGGCCGAGCGCUCAGUAGGAGACCCGGCACCCACGGCCCGCAGCAUGGCUCGGGGCUGGGCGCGGCCGAGGCACGCGCCUCUGUGCGCCCGGGCCGUCUGGACGGCGGCGGCACUCCUGCUCUGGACGCCCUGGACCACAGGUGAAGUGGAGGAUUCAGAUGCAAUUGACACCUUGGGACAACUUGAUGGACCGGACAGCCCACUUCCCACUCUGAAAGGUUACUUCCUGAAUUUUCUGGAGCCAGUCAACAAUAUCACCAUUGUCCAGGGCCAGACAGCCAUCUUACACUGCAAGGUGGCGGGAAACCCACCCCCCAACGUGCGGUGGCUGAAGAACGAUGCCCCCGUUGUGCAAGAGCCACGCAGAGUCAUCAUCCGGAAGACAGAAUAUGGCUCGAGGCUGCGGAUCCAAGACCUGGACACGACAGACACAGGCUACUACCAGUGCGUGGCUACCAAUGGGCUGAAGACCAUCACGGCCACCGGAGUUCUGUAUGUGCGGCUCGGUCCGACACACAGCCCGAACCACAAUUUCCAGGAUGACUACCAGGAAGAUGGCUUCUGCCAGCCCUACCGGGGGAUCGCCUGUGCGCGUUUCAUCGGGAACCGGACUAUUUACGUGGACUCUCUCCAGAUGCAGGGGGAGAUUGAAAACCGAAUCACAGCUGCCUUCACCAUGAUUGGCACCUCUACACACCUAUCAGACCAGUGCUCACAGUUCGCCAUCCCAUCCUUCUGCCACUUCGUCUUCCCUCUGUGCGACGCUCGCUCUCGGGUGCCCAAGCCGCGGGAACUGUGCCGGGAUGAGUGCGAGGUCCUGGAGAAUGACCUGUGCCGCCAGGAGUACACCAUCGCCCGCUCUAACCCGCUCAUCCUCAUGCGGCUGCAGCUGCCCAAGUGCGAGGCGCUGCCCAUGCCCGAGAGCCCUGAUGCUGCGAACUGCAUGCGCAUCGGGAUUCCUGCCGAGAGGCUGGGUCGCUAUCACCAGUGCUACAACGGCUCCGGCGCUGAUUACAGGGGCAUGGCCAGCACCACCAAGUCAGGCCACCAGUGUCAGCCUUGGGCUCUGCAGCACCCCCACAGUCAUCACCUGUCCAGCACGGAAUUCCCAGAGCUGGGAGGAGGCCACGCCUACUGCCGGAACCCCGGGGGCCAGAUGGAAGGCCCGUGGUGCUUUACGCAGAAUAAAAACGUACGCAUGGAACUGUGUGCCGUACCCCCGUGUAGUCCCCGAGACAGCAGCAAGAUGGGGAUCCUGUACAUCCUGGUGCCCAGCAUUGCCAUCCCCCUGGUCAUCGCUUGCCUCUUCUUCCUCGUGUGCAUGUGCCGCAACAAACAGAAGGCUUCGGCCUCCACUCCACAGCGCCGGCAGCUGAUGGCCUCACCCAGCCAGGACAUGGAGAUGCCUCUCAUCAACCAGCACAAACAGGCCAAACUCAAGGAGAUCAGUUUGUCCACAGUGAGGUUCAUGGAGGAGCUCGGGGAGGACCGGUUUGGGAAGGUCUACAAAGGCCACCUGUUUGGACCCGCCCCAGGAGAGCCAACCCAAGCCGUGGCCAUCAAGACAUUGAAAGACAAGGCAGAGGGGCCCCUGCGGGAGGAGUUCCGACAGGAGGCCAUGCUACGGGCACGGCUGCAGCACCCCAACAUCGUCUGCCUGCUAGGUGUGGUGACCAAGGACCAACCCUUGAGCAUGAUCUUCAGUUACUGCUCACACGGUGACCUCCACGAGUUCCUGGUCAUGCGCUCACCACACUCCGACGUGGGCAGCACCGACGAUGACCGCACAGUGAAGUCGGCGCUGGAGCCCCCCGACUUCGUGCAUGUGGUGGCACAGAUUGCAGCGGGGAUGGAGUUUCUGUCCAGCCACCAUGUGGUCCACAAAGACCUGGCCACCCGCAACGUGCUGGUGUAUGACAAACUGAACGUGAGGAUCUCAGACUUGGGCCUCUUCCGUGAGGUGUACUCUGCUGAUUACUACAAACUCAUGGGCAAUUCGCUGCUGCCCAUCCGCUGGAUGUCACCGGAGGCCAUCAUGUACGGCAAGUUCUCCGUUGACUCUGAUAUCUGGUCCUAUGGUGUGGUUCUCUGGGAGGUCUUCAGCUAUGGCCUGCAGCCCUACUGCGGGUACUCCAACCAGGACGUGGUGGAUAUGAUCCGCAGCCGGCAGGUACUGCCCUGCCCGGAUGACUGUCCCGCCUGGGUCUAUGCCCUCAUGAUUGAAUGCUGGAAUGAGUUCCCCAGCCGGAGGCCCCGAUUUAAGGACAUCCACAGCCGGCUCCGGGCCUGGGGCAACCUAUCCAACUACAAUAGCUCAGCACAGACUUCGGGAGCCAGCAACACCACACAGACCAGCUCCCUGAGUACCAGCCCUGUCAGCAAUGUGAGUAAUGCCCGCUACAUGGCACCCAAGCAGAAGGCCCAGCCCUUCCCACAGCCUCAGUUCAUUCCCAUGAAGGGUCAGAUCAGACCCUUGGUACCCCCAGCACAGCUGUAUAUCCCAGUCAAUGGCUACCAGCCAGUACCAGCCUACGGGGCCUACCUGCCCAACUUCUACCCAGUCCAAAUCCCCAUGCAGAUGGCCCCACAGCAGGUGCCCCCCCAGAUGGUCCCCAAGCCGAGCUCACACCACAGUGGCAGCGGCUCCACCAGCACAGGCUAUGUCACCACAGCGCCAUCCAACACAUCUGUGGCGGACAGGGCAGCCCUGCUCGCAGAGGGCACUGAGGAUGCUCAGAACAUCCCCGAAGAUGCGGUCCAGGGUCCUGUGCAGGAAGCAGCAGAGGAGGAGGAGGGCUCUGUCCCAGAGACUGAGCUCCUGGGAGACAGCGACACUCUCCAGGUGAACGAGGCCCAUGUCCAGCUUGAAGCCUGAGGAGGAUUCAGGGCCUGGAGCACCAGGAUAAAAGUCCCUGAUGUGGCCACAUGGGGACCUCAGAAUGGCUCUGAGAAGUUACAAACAGCGGCCCAUCACCAGAGCCCAGGACUGACAGGCUGGUUUGAGCCUGCCCACCUGAGACUGUGAGAAAUCCUACACUCUCUCCUGCACUCUGUGCCCUUAAAAUUGCCACUGUGGCCCCAGCGUGGCUGGAGGGCAUUUCAGACAGCAGUCUAACAUGGCCAGGGGCCCAUGUUCAGAAACAGGACAGGGAGACCCCCACCGUCUGCUUUAUCCUGAUGGUGGUGAGGUAAGGAUGUUGUGCAAAGAGAAAUGGGCUACGCCUUCACACCCUGUUCUUGGGGCUGAGGAUCCAGAAACCUGGGGAAACAGGGCUGCAGAGGGCAAUAGAGAGGCACCUUGGGCCUAAUAUACCCAGAAAGCCUCCUGCUGGCUGAGGGUGGAGGGAACAUUUUCCUCUCUCCUGCCCUGCACACUGCCGUUCAUCUUCUUUUUAACAGCCCAAGUCCAGCAGAAGCAGGAUGCUGCCACCUGCUGGGGUCCAGGGAUAAAGGAGCUUCUGAAAACAGUUGGGAGUGCCUUGUAUUCAAGAAAAAAUGUGCCUUUACAGAAACCGACACGAUUUUGUAUUUUUGUGAAGGGUUUUAAUUAUACUGCGUAUGUAUUUUGCCUACUUUUAUGGAAUUUAAGGGAAAAUGUUUCCUGGGUUUAGAAUGUUCAAAGGGAAGCAACAUUGUACAGAAAACAGUAUUGUUAUUAUUUUUUUUAAAGAACCAUGUGCAGACCUUAAAUGUAAUUUAUAUGGUUUCCUGUGUGCAGUUUUCACGGAAGUGUUUUGAUCCUAAAUAAUGGCUUAGUAAUUUAACUGUGCGUAUUAUCUCUGGGAUGUCAUCACGUUAGGGUGGUGUCUGGCUUCAUUCU